CUAAAUUAUGUAUUCAAAUAUCAAUGUAGGACUAUUAGGUCAUGUCGACUCAGGAAAAACAAGCUUAUCAAAAGCACUAUCAAAAAUAUCAAGUACUGCUGCAUUUGAUAAAAAUCCACAAAGUCAAGAAAGGGGAAUAACAUUAGAUUUAGGUUUUUCGGCUUUGAAUGUAGAAUGUUCAGAGUCAUUGAAAAGUAAAUUUCAGUGCGAUAACAUGACAUUUACAUUUGUCGAUUGUCCUGGUCAUCAGAGUUUAAUAAAAACAAUUAUUGGUGGUUCACAAAUUAUUGAUUUAAUAAUUCUUGUUGUUGAUAUUCAGAAAGGCUUUGAGACACAAACUGGCGAGUGCCUUAUAUUAGGAGAAGUCACUCAGAAAAAAAUGAUAGUUGUGGUUAAUAAAAUUGACAUGAUUGAAGAAUCAAAAAGAAACACAGCGAUUGAUAAAAUGUCCAGAAAAAUUCAGAAAACAUUGGAAACAACUAUCUUCAAAGACUCUAAAAUUAUUCCUAUUUCAGCAACGACUGGAGUGAAUAUUGAUGUUCUCAUUUCUACUAUGAUUAAAGAAAUUGAAUUAAUGGAAAUGUCUAGAUUAGUUAAAGCGCCUUUCAUUUUUGUUUUUGAUCAUUGCUUUUCAAUAAAAGGUUCUGGCACAGUUUUAUCAGGAACAAUUCUUCAAGGAAGCGUUAAAGUAAAUGACACAAUUGAAAUUCCGCAAUUAAAGAUCGAAAGAAAAAUCAAAUCAAUGCAAAUGUUCAGGAAACCGGUAAACUCAGGAUCAGCUGGUGAUCGCCUCGGUAUUUGUAUAACAAAUUUCGAUUCGAAAUUGUUAGAACGAGGCUUGUUAUGUCAAAAAAGUUGCGUUCAACCAGCUUUCGUUGUAAUAAUGAAACUUCAUCGGAUUCGUUACUUCAAACGAGAAAUUAAAACCAAAAUGAAAUUUCAUUGUUCGAUUGGUCAUGACACAGUCAUGGGAAAUCUUUUAAUCUUCUCAUCUGAGGAUUGUUCCGAGUUUGAUUGGAAUUCGAGUUAUAAUUAUGAAGAUAUGAUGGAAGAUGAUGUUCAACAUCCACGUCAUUAUUUUGCUUUACUUGAAUUCGAAAAUCCUGUGAUGAUUCAUAACAAUAUGUUGUUGAUUGGCUCAAAGCUCGACACAGAACAGACUAAUGUGUGUAGACUCGCGUUUCAUGGAAAAGUUUUCAUUGAAAACUCAUCUGGCGAUAAGAACUACCAACAAACAUUUCUUACCAAUCUCAAGAUUUUUAAGACAAAAUCUCGAGAAGGAACAGUUCAACGUGUCGUGAACAAUCACGAAAUUAUCGCUGAAAGAUUAUUCAAAAAAGAAACUGACCGAUCAAAGUUCAUCGGAAUGAAAUGUCAAUUGUCAAGUGGUGAGUUGGGAACAAUAUCUGGUGCAUUUGGAGAGUCAUCUAAAGUUAGAAUUCAAUUCAUAAAUCCACUUCAAUCAUCAACAAUUGACACUUUAAAAACCUUUAAAAGUAAUGUUAAAGUUAAUUUAUGUUUUAAAAAAUUCAUUUUUGAUAAAAAUCAUCGAAUGAUUCAAUAAAGACUGUCGAAAACUUAAUUGUUGGUAAAAUACAUA